CAUUCUUGAAAAUCCUUACAAAUGAAAACCAUCGUCUUUUUUUGAGGAAAGCAGCGUAGAGAAGAACCUUUUCAAUGAAAUCCAAAGAUAUAUUUGUGCUAUUUUUUCUGUUACCUAUUGUAACAGUUAAGUCAGGAUUCUUUGAUUUUAUCAAUGUGUUUCGGGACAAUGACAAUUUACGACCUUUUGAUGCUAAAGAGUUUGGAAAAGAUCUAAGGAAUUCCUUAUAUGGGCAAGACAUUGCACUGAAAAUGAUACAGAAAUCUGUGUCCUGGUUUAUGAAAGAUUCAAAUCCAUCAAAACCCCUCGUCCUUUCUCUACAUGGACCAACAGGAGUAGGAAAAACGUACGUCACCAAGAUCAUUGCAAGGAAUAUUUAUGAAAUGGGGGAGAAAAGCCAACAUGUCCACACAUUCAUAGCCACAUAUCACUUCCCAGUCAUAGCCCAGGUAGACCUAUAUGAAGCUCAACUUAAACAGUGGAUUCAUGGAAAUGUAUCAAGUUUUCCUCGCUCAAUGUUUAUAUUUGAUGAAGUGGAGAAGAUGAACUCACGUCUGAUUGACACCAUAAAACAUUUUCUGGACUACGUGCCCAAACUAGAUGGAGUGUCAUUCCACAAUGCAAUCUUCAUUUUUAUCAGUCAAACAGGUGGAAAUGUGAUCAACAAACUGGCUCUGGAUUACUCGAGAAAGGGUGAAGAGACAGAAGAACUACAUAUCAACACAAAUGGAAUGGAGAGUGAAAUUCAGGACAUCUUCAAAGAUAAGAGCAGUGGAUUUUGGCACUCCUGUCUAAUAGGAAAUUACCUGGUGGAUCACUUUAUUCCUUUCCUGCCUCUGAAACUCAAGGAUGUACGCAAAUGUGUUCUGGAUGAAAUGAUCAAUUUGAAUAUCCCGGUUAAUCGUAAUUUGGCAGAAAGAGUGGCUGGAAACAUGCAGUAUUUUCCACCAGAGGAAAAAAUCUUCUCUGUUAAAGGCUGCAAGUUAGUCAAACAGAAGUUGGUACUGUAUACUCACGAUACUGAAACAUUGUAGUUUAAAAAAUGCUGGGUUAUUUUCAACCCAGUGUUGGGUCAAAAACGAACUAACCCAGCCACUGGGUUAAAUUAACCAAAAAAAAAAAAACAAUUGUAUUUGAGACAACAAUGGGUUAAAAUAACACAGCAAAAAGUAAAUUACACAUAUAAAACGCAGUUUUGAAAAAAAACAAGCAUAUUUUGGAAUGCACUUUAUUUUAUUUAUUUUACAUGUGACAGAGGAAGGCAACUGUAUCAUA